GAAAGGCUCCACAUCCUCGUCCAAGGGGCGGGGCCUCAGGCCAGGAAAAGGACCACAACUCCCAGAGAGCUUCGCGCCCUUGUCGCUGCCAAGACCAAGAUGGCGGGGAGAAUCUCUGCCUUCCUCAAGAAUGCCUGGGCGAAGGAGCCGGUGUUGGUGGUGUCCUUCACUGUCUGGGGCCUCGCUAUAAUUAUGCCCAUGAUUAGCCCCUACACCAAGUAUGCUGGCAUGAUCAACAAGGCCACACCCUACAACUACCCAGUGCCCGUGAGAGAUAAUGGGAACUUGCCUGAUGUGCCCAGCCACCCACAGGACCCUCAGGGUCCGAGCUUGGAAUGGCUGAAGAACCUGUGAAUGCCACAUGCGAGUGUGAUGGAAGAGGCCCCUUCCCUGCUGCUCUCCAAUAAAAAUGUGAAAAUGA